GAGGCCGAAGAGCUCUUGUUACAAGUCGUAGAGACGUGUAGGAAGCUGUUUGGAGAAGAUCACAGAGAAACCGAAUACAGCAUAAACAACCUAGCAUGGACAUAUAGGAGACGGGAGCUAUGGGAAAAGGCGGAAAGAUUGGAGGUAUACGUAUUAGAGAAGAUCAGGACGAGGUUUGGGGAACACCAUUCUAGUACAUGGACCGCCAUGGGAAAUCUUUCACAUACCUACCGGAACCAAGGCCGUCUCAAGGAAGCGGGUGAUCUAGACCUUCAAAGGGUUGCACUUCAAGAGCAAUCCCUUGGUGAAGAGCAUCCUACUACUAUCGCAAGUAAAGAGGACCUAGCGUGGGUCUAUAGCUCCGAGGGAAAAUUCGACAAAGCGAAAAAGCUGCAAAAAGAUAUACUGAAGCUUUCAGCGCGUGUAUUUGGCGAAGAGAGCGGUGUAUUUCGGGGCUUUUCUGCAAACCUCGCAACAACGUAUCGGGAAAUGGGGCACUGGAAAAAGGCCAGGAAGCUACUUGAACGCCUAGUGGAGGCAUGCCGGAAAGCAGGGACCGAGAAGAGUGACGGUGCGCUAGAUAACAUGGCUGCACUGGCAACGAUGUACAGAAUGACGGGCCACUUAGGAAAGGCUGAAGCUUUGAUUAAAGAAGUCAUAGAAGGGAGAACGGAAUUAGUGGGAAGGAAUCAUCCCUGGACAAUGUCCGACAUGUCCAUCCUAGCCGCAACUUAUCGCGACAAAGGACAGCUCAAAGAAGCUGAAGAGCUUUUGCUAGAGAAAGAAAGAGCGAAUGAAUACGGGAGGAGCCGCCCUGCUAUACUGCGUCAUAUGGGCAUCCUUGCUGGUGUGUAUCGGGAUCAAGAGCGCUGGAAGGAAGCUGAAGAUUUGGAAAGACGGGCGUUACGCACAAGUAUGGACGUGUUCGGAGAGGAAAAUCCUGAUACGUUGCUCACGAUGAAUAAUCUGGCGUUUACACUGCACGCACAGGGUUGCGUUGAUGAGGCAAUCUCAAUAAUGACCGAAUGCUAUGAAUUGCGGGUAAAGGUACUCGGUUCUCAGCAUCGAUACACCAUCUCCUCGUUGGAGUGCCUAGAGGAAUGGCAGUCAGAGCAUCGGGGUAGCUAA